CUAUAAAAAAAAGUGGCUUUACAAGCGCAAUAAGUCCAACAUUAGAGGCAUUAAAAAUGGAUGAGAAAGAGAUUCCAAAGAAGUUGAGAGACAAAGAAGAAAACCUAAGUGAAGAAACGAAAAGCUUGAUCGCUGCACUUCCUUCGGACAUAGAUGGCUAUGGGAUCAAGAUUUUCAAGUACCAAGGAUGUUGGUACGACAACCAAAGACUCCAUUCAAUCCUUAAUUACCAGGUAGGUUUUCAGCCACAAGAAACCGAUAUAGUUGUUGCCUCUUACCCCAAAUCGGGCACGACUUGGCUCAAGGCACUCACAUUCACGCUACUUCAACCAUUAAGACACCCUUUGGAUGAUCAUCAUCAUCCCGUGCUAAACCACAAUCCUCAUGAGCUAGUUCUAUUCCUGGAGGAGAUCUACCGUAAUAGCUCAAUACCGGACUUACAAAAACUCUCAGCAUCUCCACGAUUGUUCUCAACUCAUAUGCCGUUGCAUAUCCUUAAAGUACCUUUCAAGGAUGACUCUCCUUGCAAGAUAGUGUACGUGUGCAGGAACGUGAAAGACGUGUUGGUUUCUCUUUGGCUCUUCAAAAAGUCAUGGCUUGGAAAAAACGUUGGAGUGGAAAAAUGCACCCUCGAGGUUUUAUUUGAUUAUUUCUGUAGAGGAGUUGCUUUAUAUGGUCCCUUUUGGGAACAUGUCUUGAGCUAUUGGAGAGGAAGUUUGGAAGAUCCCGAGCAUGUGCUCUUCAUGAGGUACGAGGAGUUGAAAACAGAACCUCAUGCUCAGAUCAAGAGACUCGCAAAGUUCUUGGGUUGUCCUUUUACUGAGGAAGAAGAAAAAAGCGGAAAUGUGGAUAAGAUCUUGGAGCUCUGCGCUCUGCGUAAUCUAAGUGGUUUGGAAAUCAACAAAACCGGGACAUGGAAGACCGGAGUAGGUUUCAAGAGUUUCUUCCGUAGAGGAGAAGUUGGUGACUCUAAGAAUUAUCUGACUCCUGAAAUGGAAGCCAGGAUCGACAUGAUUAUAGAUGAGAAACUUAAAGGUUCAGGUUUGAAAUUCUAGUGUUAUCUAUGUGUGGUUUUUGAAUUAUGCCGGUUUAAGCUUUUCUUGAAUGCUCCUUUGAUGUAAGUUUAAUAAUUUAUUCUUUCCGGCUCUGCCUAUCUUAUUUAUGAGUAAAGUCUUUAAUGUUACUUAAAACGUUGAGUACUAUCACCACUGAUGUUGC